AUGACAAAUACAAGUGUAACAACUGAUAAUACAAUAGAAUUUAUACGUAUUUAUAUUAUUUGUCGUUGUCUAUAUUUAAUUAUUUUUGUUAUUGGUAUUAUUGGAAAUAUAUUGAAUAUAAUAGUUUUUUGUCGAAAAAAACUUCGUUCAAAUUCAUGUUCAACUUAUUUUAUAGCUUAUUCAAUAAAUAAUUUUAUGAAUUUGACUAUUGGUUUAUUUAUGUGGUCAUUAACUUUUGGUUUUAAUCUAGAUUUAGAAUAUAAAUCAGUAACUUAUUGUAAAGCUCGUCGAUAUUUUACACAUGUUAAUUUUCUUCUAUCAUCAUGUUUAUUAACAAUGGCAUCAAUUAAUCGUUAUGCACGUGUUCGUCAAGCACAAUUAACAAAAAAUCAUCAUCGUUAUAUAAUUCUAUGUGAACGUCGAACAACAUAUAUUAUUAUUAGUUUAACAAUUAUUUUUUGUUUACUUGUUAAUAUACAUAUUCCAGUACUUUUUGAAAUAUCUGACAAUGAUUGUUAUGCUCGAAAGGGUGUACAUAGAAUUUUAUUUGAUAUUUAUUUUCUUGUUUUCUAUGCUUUACUUCCUCCAUUAUUAAUGGUUGCUUUUAAUAUAGCAACUGUCAGACAUAUAAGAUGUAUUAAAAAAUUAAUACAUCCAACAGUAUCUCGUGGUGAAUAUCAGUUUAUUAUUCUUGUUAUGGCACAUAGUUUUUCAAAUGUAAUUUUUACAAUACCAUAUACAAUUAAUAAAUUUAUUUAUUAUACAUUUGAAAAUGGUACACCAUCAGAAAAAGAAAAACUUAUUACUACAAUAACACUUUUAAUUGCAUUUAUGAAUCCUGGAUUUUCAUUUUAUUUAUACACAUUAACAACAAAAUCUUUUCGAUCUGAAUUUAUUCAAGUUUGUAAAGAAUUUUUCAUUGGAAAAAUGUCUUAUUCAUGUCAAAAUAAAAUGAAUGAUAUUACAACACAAAAAACUGAUGUAACUAGUUUACGUUCUUCUAUACCAACGGUAUUAUCAGAGAAAUAUUAA